GGAAAGCAGCUUGCAAAGUGGCGAAAAAAGCUAUCGGUGUUGCGUUUGCUUAGCGGAGCGUCUGCUGGAACCAGUUUCCUGCGUGAAACGGUGUCCCCAGUCGUUCGUUUGCCAUAUCAUUUCCCCCUGUGGAGGGGCCACAGCCCUACAAACAAUAUCGGUUCCCCGAGCACUUCUUUUCCGGAUUGCUGUUGGCGUGAAGGAUUGCACAAGCAAUAGACGCAGUGCACUCGGCCCUGUGCUGUGCCGUGUAAAAGAUUAUCAUCGCGAAAGUGUCGCGAGUGUGUGCUUCGUGCUCUGUGGGUAAAACUAUCAUCUAGUAAAACGUUGGAAUCACCUUUCCUUCGCAAGGAAGGUAGCAUUCUAGUUGUUAAGAUGGAUUUCAAAUGCAGCAACAACAAUAACGAGACGACGCAACUGACGGAGCUGCACGGCAGUGGCAGCGGACACAGCCCGAGCAACGUCAAACCACAGUCACCCGGAUCGCCGGACCGACAGUUCUGCAGCUCCACCACCUCCGCAAUCGGCGACUUUGGCAGCGAUGGCACCAACAACGACACGAUCAAGGAGGAGAUCCCACGGCGGCUCUGUCUGGUGUGCGGUGACGUUGCGAGCGGAUUUCACUACGGCGUCGCGAGCUGCGAGGCGUGUAAGGCAUUUUUCAAACGGACCAUUCAAGGAAACAUUGAGUACACGUGCCCUGCGAGCAACGACUGCGAGAUCAACAAGCGGCGGAGGAAAGCGUGCCAGGCGUGCCGGUUCCGCAAGUGUCUGCUGAUGGGCAUGCUCAAGGAGGGCGUCCGGUUGGACCGGGUACGGGGCGGCCGCCAGAAGUACCGGCGCAAUCCGUCCGCCAACACGUACCAGAUGCAGCUGGUCCAGUCGAACCCGAUGUACACGCCCCAGACGCUGGAGGACAUCAAGAUCCUGGAAGUAUUAGCCUCGUUCGAGCCCGACCCACUCUCGAUCGGCAACUGUGGCGAUCUGAUGAACGGCAGCACGGGCGAGGAGCGAAGCGCUGGCGGUGCCACGCAGUCGCCCAACGGUGCCAACACCGUGGCAACUUCCUCCUCGUCCUCGAGCAGCAGCACCAGCAAUAGCAGCAACAGCAGUGCGUCCGGGGCGACAGCGGCCGCCGAUUCCGGGGUCGAGCGAAUGACGGUGGGCGGGGACGCGCAAGAGAUACUGAGCGUGCUGAGUGAUAUUUACGAUAAGGAGCUGGUCGGUGUGAUCGGCUGGGCGAAACAGAUACCGGGCUUCACCGAUCUGCCGCUCAACGACCAGAUGCGCCUGCUGCAGGUGAGCUGGGCCGAGCUGCUCACGCUGAUGCUCGCCUUCCGUUCGAUCCCGUUCGAUGGACGGCUCUACUUCGCCACCGACUUUUGGCUCGACGAGCGAUCGGCAAAGGAGUGUGGCGCCCUCGAUCUCUACAACCAUCUCGCACAAAUCACCCAACGAUUGGAAAAGAUCUCGGCCACCAAGGAGGAAUACUAUCUGCUAAAGGCCCUGUCGCUCUCAAAUUGUGAUAUCAGACUGGACAACUACAAUGCGCUCAAAAAGAUCCGUGACUCGAUACUGUACGCACUCAAUGACUGUGUGCUGCUUUUAAGGCAACAUCAGGCUGUAUCGCACCAGCAGCAGCUGCUUUUACUGCUGCCAUCACUCCGGCAGGCGGACUUCAUCAUCCGUAAGUUCUGGACGAACGUGCAUAUCGAGGGCAACGUGACGAUGAACAAGCUGUUCGUCGAAAUGCUCGAGUCGGUAUCGCGAUAGAGAGGUACGAUUGUUGGCGGGGAGCUCCGUCCCGACCCGGAGAGGACUUCUAAGGACGAUAUCGAGGAUACUGGCCCGAUUGUUGGCCUAUUUUUUAAUUGCUCGGAAGUGCGCGGUGAGAGACAAAAAGCGAUACAGCAGACGAUUAGCAAACCCCUACAGCUGCAUUACUACUUUAAAGCUAAAUCUGACUAUGAUUUCGUGGAUUAUGGUUACCGGAGCGUUAUUCGAAUUGUUUACGUAGUUUUAAGGUAUCUGUUUUUUUUAUCUUGUGUAGUACAAUCGUGUCGCGUUUUUAUUUCAAACCACCGUCGCGCAUUCUUGCUCCUCGGACAAUCUUUUGUGUAAAAUUUUAAAUGCUUUUCGUCGUUGCAUCUAAAUUGACGAUGUUUAGAUUUUGUUUCUCCUCACUGUGCUCCGUAUUUGCAUAUAGGUUACCGUAGUCCGAUAGUUCGUAGUGCUUCUCUAGCCUGUUGUCCCAACCCAUUUAUUAGGAGUCAAUUUCAAAGUUAAGCAUUCUGUAAUUAGUGCCGUGUCGGUAGAACUAUGAAUUGGCAAGAGGCAGUUAAAAACCUCAUUUCUUUAAACCAAUAGUGAAAAGGCUAACAUUGCCUUUAAAUGUUUGCUACCUUACGGCAAGGUAGAAACGAAAGUUUCGUUUUGUCCUUGUUGCAUUACUUCUUCAUAAACAAAUUGUCCAAUUUCCGUUGUCUUUUAUAACAGUACUACUGUAGCGAUCUACACCGUUUAAAGACCUCCAUUCGAGUGGGGUUAUUUUUUUGAAACCUUUUCUAUUCAAAGUAAGACUUACAUGCAAGCGUAGACGAUGGUUCGUUUUUGUGUUUUCGAAAUCGAUAAAAGCAAUCCGUUCGACGCUCGAUGCGCUGGACGAACAUUCACACAAUUUGCAAUAUCUUUACCCUGUAGGACACUAGUGUGUAAGUGCGAUUGUAAUUUAUGCGCCGAUAUAAAUGUCAUGGAUGGUGGGUGAUGGUGACGUUCAUAUUCUACUUUCUUUCCGGUUUCUUACAAUUUUAAUUCAUUAUCUUUACGACUUACCGUUUUUUUUCUAAGGCAAUAAUGUAUAAGUAGUGUCGGCUAGUGAUUCAGUUUAAGCAUAACAAAAGUUACUGUCGUACUGAAAGAGUAAUUUGUCGAAAUGCUUCACUUCAAGUCCAGGCUACAUUAAACAUCGUAGUCGUGUGCGCAAAAUUCGGAUGUUAAUAUUUUGGUCAAUAUUAUAUCCAUCAUAAAAAUAGUAAAGCCUAAUUGUGUUAUGAUUAUUUUUUUCUUUUUGAUUCGGACAUUGGUAGUAUCCGCUUGGAGUAUAAAGCAUCUUCGAAGUGGUAGCGGUCGCUAAUAAACUUGCUGAUCGAAAAAUACUGAAUCUCGGUCGGGUUAGGUUGCAAAAAGCCAACGGUAAAAAGUUUGUUGAGCACAGUUUUAUGAACUUUCAUGACAAGUACAACCCCACAUACGCAUAACCUUUCAAUGAGCGAACCUGCACUGCGUGUUACGUUUCAUUACAUGUUUUUGAAACUGUUGUGAAUGCAUGUGCAUAGUUUAUUGCCCAAUAAUGGCAGUAUCAUAAUGUAGGUGGCGCAAAGACCGACCGGAAGCAGACAAAGACAAGAUCGAAGAACGGAGAGUAGAGAAAGAGUGGCAUGCAGUAAUCAUGCAUCAACACAGGUAAAAAAGUAAGAGAAAUAACAAACAAAUUGAGUGCAGUGGUUGAUUCACAUAGGUCUUUAAAUCUUAAAAUAUAUCUAUAUAUCUAUAUACAUCUAUUUCGCAACCAGCUGAGAUGUAAAGGCACCAUUUAACAUAGUUGAACCGUUAAUUUCGUUGCGUGGUUAGUUUUUAUUCUUUCGAAGACUCUGCUCUGAUGGUGUAAAGAAAGCAGAAACCUCCCUUAGCUCUAGCAUGAGAGCCUGCCCCCUGCGCAACCACAGAGGUAACGUUAAAGAUGUAAGACAUUUAUUAAACCUUUUAGACAAGAGAUGAAAAUUAGAAAUAAUUUGCAAUAAGCGCAAGCAAAACAAACAAGAAGUGGAAAAUAUUUUUCGCGGAUCGUGAACCUGCGGUGUACAGAGAUGAGAAAAUAUUGACGGUAGUGGUUAGGAAAUGCUAGCAAUAGAGUUUGAAACUUUCCGGACUAUGCGGAAAGCGGACAGAUUGUCUCAGGGAUUGCACUGGUGCCGGUGGGUUGUUGUUUUGUGGAUCGUUAGAGAGAGAAAAAAAAACAGAAGUCAGUAGGAGUGCGCGUAAGAGACCGGUAGACAGCCAGACGGAGAGUGGCCGGGAUCAGAACGA